ACAAAGAGGAUGCGCAGGACUCUGUCCCAGCUGACCAUCUGGGACCUUUGCCUGCGAACGACGUAGCUCAGGAGUCGAGUGCUUUCACUUUUCCUUCUUUGGAGACACACAGGAGUCGGGCAUGAAAGAAGAGCCUUACAUACUUGGACCAAUAAAACCGGUGAAAGUCACAUGGCAAGAGGAUCCACGUUUCCAAGACAGCAGUUCUGAGAGUGAUGAUGAGCCUGAACCAUCAGAAAUUGGAAAGGACCAAGAAAUGUUUCUUUCUUUACCACACACGGAAAGUGCUAGAGUCUUCUUCUUCUCCAAAGAUGAUGAACGCCUAAGAGAGGGCCCAAAGUUAUUUUGUAGAUCAGUAGAGCUCAGUGAAGAAAAAGAGGGUUGGGAAGACAGACGUAGAUUAUUGCUUGAGGUGAGUAUGAAACGUCUGUUCCCUGGUAACUGUGGCUGAAAGCUGAGCACGAGGAGGGAAGAGGGCUAUGAAUCUGCAUGAGAAAUUAAUUCAGGACCUCAACAAGAGCCUGAAACUUUGUAAUUACCAGAGAACAAAAGUGGUUUAGUAUACUGGUGUGUAUAACAUCAGGUUGUGAUGUCACUCAGGUAAACCACUAAAUCUCUGCACGUUACGGGACAGGACCAGAGACUUAACUGUACAUAGAGAAAGUGUUCAAGAGAAACAGUGA